AUGAAGUUGGUGGAGUCUAUGAUACAAAAAUUCACUGGUGAAAACGAGGCAGAUGAUUUUCUAACACUCGCCAAUACUGUCAACCGCAAGUGUGAAUGGUUCAAGCUCCGAGAGUUCACCGAUGACCAAUUCAAGUGCCUCAUCUUUGUGAGCGCCUUGCGGUCACGUCGUGAUGCUGAAAUCCGGACCCGUCUGCUCUCAAAAGUUGAACAGGAUCCGAAGACAACUCUAUGAGGCAUGUUUGUCACAAAUGCCAUAAACGAGGGCAUUAGGAAAACCACUGUCCGGCAGGCCAACCCCUCAAAUCAUGGAAGGCAAGAAGUUCCAAACGCCCUUCAUCUUACUUCGGCCUAA